CUUAGUUUCUGAGUCAUGUUGACCAUACCGUGUGGAAUAAGGUCGCUGCCUCCUACCCGAGUGAUCGUUGGUGGAGUUCAGGCGUCGGAAACUACCUUAGGGUAGAAUUAUGUUGCCGAUGGCAACGUCUCCUUUUAUGCAUUUGUGGGCGAUGUUUGCGAGGAGGGAUUUACGCGUGGGACCCUUGUACACAAGUUUCUAGGCGUACACGUCAUAGUUUUUGUGGGAGGAACACCCUGGUUCAUGUCUCCGCCAAGGCAGAGGAUGGCGUUUUGUUGCUGCGUGGUGUGCCGUUUCCUUUCUCUUUUGCAGAGAGAGGAGAGCGAGAGGGCUCAGAAGAGUCGGGCCUCGACACCGCCGCGUGCCAUUUGCACUCUUGCUGCGCGCUCUCUCCCGCCCUCUUCCACACUAGCAUUUCCUCGAGGGUUCCGCGGCGGAGCAGUUCGCGGAACUGGAGGCCGCAGCUUCCGACAAAGGCCCCAUUCCGUGCCGCUGUUUUCUGUUGCCAUCCUUGGAUUAUUUUCACGGAGCGCGGGCGUACGAGGAGGAGGAGGAAAGGAAGGGUAAGAGGUGGUUUUCUUUUGUUCAUCUGCAGGUCCUUGUCAACUCCUCAUUUCGUAUUCUAGCCAUGGGUGGAACUCCGCGCCCCGACCUGGUGGGCACCGCUCCCCCGGGCUUCCCGCCGUUGCCGAAAUCGGCAGCGAGCUCGGCAGCGCCUUCCGACGGCGCCAGCUCGGUGACAUGCUCGGUGGAAUCGUCCCUCCCUGGUGGCGGUUUCGGCGCGAUAGCGGGCCAGGAGGAGCCGGAGGAGGCGAAGCCGCGAGGGUAUGGGUGCGAUGGAUCCGAAGCUUCCAUACAUGAGCGGCGAAGAGGCAGACCGCCGGGCAGUCGGCGGCUUGGUGAAUGGAUUGUUACUUCAGCUGGAGUUGGUUUUACUCCCCAUGUCAUGAUGAUUGCAGUAGGUGAGAACAUUUCAGAGAAGAUUAUGUCAUUUUCAAAGCAGGGACCCAGGGCUGUUUUUAUCCUCUCAGCAUAUGGUGCUGUGUCCACAGUUACGCUUCACAAGCCUGGAACUUCUGGCAUCAUGGUCACUUAUGAGGGCCUUUUUGAGAUACUUUGCUUGUCUGGACUGUACUUGCCAACAAAUAAUGAUGGAUUACAUAGCCAAAGUAGAGGGCUAUGCAUCUCUCUUUCUAGUCCUUAUGGUCGAGUGAUUGGUGGACUUGUUGGUGGAUCACUCAUAGCUGCCAAACCUGUACAGGUGAUUGUAGGAAGUUUCAUUUAUGCUGGAUCAAGUGCAAAGGACAGAAUAAUUACAGAAGAUGGAAGGGAUGAUGUUUCUGAACAUCAGAUUAGGGAUAAACAAGGCAAACCAUUCAGCGUGCCUCCAAAUCAAGACAUUACUCCUAAAAUGAAGGGAGGAUUGCCUGGUCCAUAAUGACUUGACCCAAGAUUAGCUCUUUGAUUUUGCAUGUGGCUGCUAAAUGGUGAUCUUUCAAAAGGAGCAUACAUAGUGGACCUUGUUGGAGUCACAAGACUAGUAGUGUUUCCUUGCUUAAUCGUCUCUUUGAUAUGUUCUUCUGUAGUGCCCUCGUGAUGGUGCAAUGUUAUGUGGCCACCCUAGUGAUCAUGUUGGAUUGAAGUGAACCAGCCUAUUUCGUAUUGUUCACUCAAGUUCGAUCAUGCCUGUGCAAGUAGCAUGAAUUCCUGUAGAUUCUGUGAGCAGAUAAAUGCAAGUUUGUGUUUUU